GUUGGUAGUUGGGUGGGCUAUGGCCAGGUGCUGUGAUCUGUGAGCUGCUCUGACAGCUGGUGCUUAGAGUUAGUGAGGGAGAUAUGAGUCUCCAGCUUCAGUGAUUUUUGCAGUUUGUUCCAGUCAUUGGCAGCAGAGAACUGUAAGGAAAGGAGGAAUUGGCUUUGGGGGUGACCAGUGAAUUACGGGGAGUUUCAGGCCCUGGAGUGAACAUAAUUGGAGACUCGCAAAGUCGACUAAAAACGAGGGCUGAAAGGCUCACAUUGCAAACUUCUCUUGCUAGGCUAGUCAUUUGGAACGGUCCCCAAGAUGGUGACGGGGAUUCCCCCACGGGCCUAAGGCGAGAGGUGAAAUAUUUCUAUAACGCUUGUUUGGACGACCGGCAGUAUUUGCGUUUCCUGGAUUGUUAGUGCGCAAGCGCAAUCCCGUGAGUCCUUGGAUGAUCCGCUUGCUGUAGGUUACGCAGCCUGCAAAGGGACACUGACAAAAUGCAGAGCUGGAAUCAAGUAUAUCGCACUCUGGCAACGCGUAGCCACCAACUCCCGAAUAGGCUCCAGGGUGCAACUGUCUCUGUCAGAACAUACUCUGACAAAGCACAAAUUGAUGCUGAUGUCACAGUGGUGGGCUCUGGUCCUGGUGGAUAUGUUGCCGCAAUCAAAGCAGCCCAGCUUGGUUUCAAGACGGUGUGUGUGGAAAAGAAUCCCACCCUAGGCGGGACCUGUUUGAAUGUCGGCUGUAUCCCUUCAAAGGCCCUGCUGAACAACUCCUACCUGUACCACCAGGCCAAUGGCAAGGACUUUGAAAGCAGAGGCAUUGAAAUCUCGGGGAUCACAUUGAACCUGGAGAAGAUGAUGUCACAGAAGAGCGGGGCAGUCAAAGCACUGACUGGAGGCAUUGCACAUUUAUUCAAACAGAACAAGGUGACACAUGUGAACGGCUAUGGGAAGAUCACAGGCAAGAACCAGGUGACGGCCACGGCUGAGGACGGCAGCAUGCAGGUCAUCAACAGCAAGAACAUCCUCAUUGCCACUGGCUCCGAGGUCACGCCCUUUCCGGGGAUCGAGGUUGAUGAGGACACAGUGGUGUCCUCCACGGGAGCCCUGGACCUGAAGAAGGUGCCUGAGCAUCUCAUCGUCAUCGGAGCCGGAGUCAUCGGGGUGGAGCUGGGGUCAGUGUGGCAGCGUCUGGGCUCCAAGGUGACAGCGGUGGAGUUCCUGGGCCACGUGGGCGGCUUGGGCAUCGACAUGGAGAUCUCCAAGAACUUCCAACGCAUCCUUCAGAAGCAAGGCAUAAAGUUCAAGCUGGGCACCAAGGUCAUGGGCGCCACCAAGAGGCCCGACGGCCAGAUCGACGUGGCUGUGGAGGCGGCAGCCGGAGGGAAGAACGAGACUCUGACGUGUGACGUGCUGCUGGUGUGUAUCGGCAGACGGCCCUUCACCAGGAACCUGGGCCUGGAUACCGUGGGCCUGGAGCUGGACAACAGGGGACGCAUACCAGUCAACAACCGCUUCCAGACCAAAGUACCCAGUAUCUAUGCCAUUGGUGACGUGAUCGCCGGGCCCAUGCUGGCACACAAGGCGGAGGACGAGGGCAUCAUCUGCGUGGAAGGCAUGGCCGGGGGCGCCGUGCACAUCGACUACAACUGUGUCCCCUCUGUAGUCUACACACACCCCGAGGUGGCAUGGGUGGGGAAGACAGAGGAGCAGCUCAAAGAGGAGGGCAUCCCAUACAAGGUGGGAAAGUUCCCGUUUGCCGCCAACAGCCGAGCCAAAACCAACGCAGACACCGAUGGCCUGGUGAAGAUCCUCGGCCACAAGGAGACCGACAGGAUAUUGGGCGCUCACAUCCUGGGCUCUGGGGCAGGAGAGAUAAUCAACGAGGCGGCGCUCGCCAUGGAGUAUGGCGCGUCCUGCGAGGACGUUGCCAGAGUUUGCCACGCCCAUCCUACUGUGUCCGAGGCCUUCAGAGAAGCUAACCUUGCAGCCUCCUUCGGGAAAGCUAUCAACUUUUAACAACUGUCUUUGCCCGCACAGCUAUGUACAUAACAUAACCGUUUUGUCUCCAACAAUCAACGCACACAUAAUGUACCGUGACACCCUCAAGGAGAUACUCUAGAUACAUAAAGACAAACCGUGUACUACAUUUAAAUAUGGUAUGUAAAUGUUCUCAAUAAAGGGGGUUUGGGUGGUAAAAACAGA